GCGGCGCUUGGCGCGCGGCACGUGAGUGCGGAGAGGAUUGGGGUGUAUUCGAGUCAUGCAGUGGCUACGCAGAGUACACCGUGCAGCGCACAAGGCUGUGGAUGGGACAGGCGUGGUGCUGUUCCGUGUGGUGUUUGGAGUGCUCAUGGUCUACGGCGAGCUCAGGCACCAGAUCGAAUACCGUGAUAUGGAGUAUCGCUUCCGCGAGCCGGCACUCAUCCUCCCGCACUGGCUCUUCCGAGUAGUGCCUGGCCUAGACAUGGUCUUUCCCCCGCCUGAUCCGGGCCUGUUUCUCUACUGGCUGGCAAUGGUCCUGUCAGCGAUGGCCAUUGCUCUCGGCCUGGCCACCCGGACAGCGGCCGCUGUCUUUGGCGUCCUGUACUCGAUCUCGUUUCUGGCCGAGCAAUCGGCGUACAACAACCACUACUAUCUUAUUUGCAUGAUCGCUGGCUUUCUGGCCUGCGUCCACUCGGACAUGGGUCUGGCGCUCUCGCCGAGCUCGUCGUCGACCAAGGCCGUCCCGCGUUGGCACCGCGACAUCUUCCGCUUUCUGGUUGUCAUCGUCUAUUUUUACGGUGGACUGGCCAAGAUCAACAAAGACUGGCUCCGCGGCGAGCCGAUCCGGGCGUCGCUGGUGGUUACGCCGGAACAGUUUGACCUCUGGUGGAUCCGCGAGGCUUUUGUGGUGGUCCUUUGCGGCGGUGGUCUCGUCUUUGACCUUUGCGUUGGCUUUGCGCUCCUGCACCCAAUCGGACGCAACCUCGCGCUCCCGCUGGUGCUCUACUUUCACACCUCCAACUGGCUGAUGUUUAACAUCGGCGUCUUUCCGUUUCUCAUGGUUGGCGCCUCGGUACUCUUUUACGAUGGCGCCGAGCUGGAAGCUGCGCUUCGUUCGAUCCAGCCAUGGCUCCCACUGCGGGCGCACGGUGGCAUCCGGGCGACGGUGGGCUUGCUGGCACGGAUGCGACCGUCAAGCUCGCACCUCUCGCCGCGGCGAGUGCUUCGCGGCCGGCGGCGGACGACAUUGCUCCUCCUCGCAUUUGUCGCCUUUCAGCUCCUCUUCCCUCUCCGGCACUUUGUGCUCAACGCGCCAGCCGGCCAUCUUGUCCACUGGAACGAGAACGGACACAAGUUCUCGUGGCAUAUGAAGCUACGGGCCAAGGCCUGCGAAGGCGAGUGGAGCUAUGUCAACAAUCGUGGCCACAAGAGGGAGAUUCAUCUUGCAAACUACCUCACGCCGCGCCAGCAGUCGCGGGCUCUCGACAAUCCCGACGUCAUGUGGAUCUUUGCACAGUGGAUCUCAGUACAGCACAACGGUGCGCCGGUCUUUGCCGACAUUCGCUGCGGGCUCAAUGGGCGGCCAAAGGUUGCGUUUACCCUGCCCGACGUCGAUAUUGCGUCAUCGGUUGUCCCGUGGUUCGGCACAGCACCGUUUAUCACCACUGACUACGGCCCGCUCGAGUAUCCGGCCCACGUCCAAGCCUUUGAUCUUGCGGCGCUAGCCAUGGCAUGUGUCGGCACCGCUGUGCUGCUCUGGCUCUUCCGAAUCUUGGUCCGUCCGCGAGCGUGGUGA